AUGGAACAUCGUAGAAGUAGGCAAGGGCGUACAUCAGGUGUAUAUGAGGAGCUGGGCGAUGGGAAUCAUAUCGGGGUGGAUCAGGCGUCUUCGACCACAUCAGUUGGUAUUAGUAAGGUGGCCUCCAAAAACGGGGUUUUGGAAAGAUAUUUUGUUUUGAAACGAUCAAACUGGUGGAAAAGAAUCAUUUUAAAAUUGUGGAAUGGUCCAGAAGAGCCUAUAGACGAAGGUAUACUUAUGCACCGAAGAUGGCGACUCCUCCGUGCAAUAGAUGAUUUCCCGUCUUUGUUUAGGAGCAGGUUUCCCAGCAGAACCUCCAGACUGGUAAUAUUCCUAACGUACUGUGUCAUUUGGUUCUUAGCAUUCUUUUUCUUACUAUACCCAACUUUCAUAAAAUUGCCAUAUUAUAUGAACACGGAUGGUGAAAAGGAGAAGGUAAUUACUCUAGCCUGUCAUGAGACUUGGCACUGGAGAGGGAAAAAUAGCUUGUGCGGAUUGGACGCUGAAAAAUGCAUACCAUUUGAUGAUGAAGAUGUAAUAAUUAGAUGCCCUGCCCUCUGUGAUCGUAAUGGUUGGACGUAUUCUGCAAUGACAGUCGGUGCAGAUAGGGUGAAAUAUAAAGGUUAUGUGAUUGGUGGGGGUAGAACUGAAAGCCAAGGUCCGAACGAAUACACACUUCCAUAUAGAGCAGACUCGUAUCCAUGUGCAAGCGGCAUUCAUGCAGGUAUAAUAUCCCCAAUUACAGGGGGUUGUAUGAGACUUUCAAUGAGCGGCGCCCAGACCAACUUCCCAUCUACAGAUGGACACUAUGGCUUUGGCUUUUCAGUUAAUUUUGAUUCAUUCUUUCCUUCCUCCUAUAAGCUAAAAGAAGCAGACGGUUAUACUUAUGGAUGUAAUGAUCCCAGAUUGCACGUAACGAUUGUAAACUUUUUCCUGGGCCUGCCUAUAUUCUACCUGUACGAAACAAUAAUAGGAUAUUGGACUAUAUGUAUCGUCGGUUAUUGGACUUUAGUAUUAGCUAUGGCCCCACCAUUUCAAAUCGAACCAUAUAAUCGACUCUCGAUAAACGAAUUGUGGAGUACAGGGUUUGGUCGGUUGCUACCUCUUUGUUUCGUACUCUACGUCUUUUGGCAUAUAGCAAUAAGAAAGCUAGCAAAUGGGUCACCAUUAGCUAAAGUUUUAUUAUGGUACCCACUAUUUUGGGUUGGAAUCUUGAACAAUGUUACAUUUGACCGCCUGCCUAUAGACCGCCUGACUGCAAGUGAUCUCAAAGAGCAGCCAGGCUCCAUAGUUGGCUUAGCGAUCAUUGCAUCGAUAAUAUUGGUGUGCACUAUCAUACAAAUGCGCGCCCUAUGGAAAGCCGGUAUACUUGCAAGGUAUAUCAAACUAUAUGCUGGUUUGACGGUCCUAUUCUGCGUUGUUGGGAAUAUGCCUGGCCUGAAUUUAAGAUUACACCACUACAUCAUAGGCAUACUGCUAAUCCCUGCUUGCUCGACAAAAGGCUUCUCCGCAUAUGCAUUCCAAGGUAUUUUAGUCGGUAUCUUUAUAUCAGGCAUCGCGACAUGGGGUUUCGAUUCUAUCUUGGAAACUAACUAUUCAAUUUUGAGGGGGGAAGCUGGUAUUUUACCGGCACCGCCAAAAUUUCACUUCGACUCCAACUUCCCCCAUCAAAUAUCCUGGAACUUCACCAAUACCACCUCAGAAUAUGAGAACCGUCAAAAUCCACUAGAUGGCAUUUCUUUAUUAAUCAACGAUGUAGAAACAUACGUGGGUCACAAUCGCACCAUUGAUCUAGAUGUUCUGUUGCGAAAAAACUUGCAAUUCUCUCAGUUAAUAAAUACGGCAACAGAAAUUGCACAUGGCAAUAAUCAAAACAACACUGUCAAACUAUAUAUGCGAAUUGCUAGGGGCUCAACGAAAAUCUCUGCAUAUCGUGGAGACUACUCCUCGGCUGGCAUUUUAGAAUGGCCUCAAGGUAUUUGGAAAGGUCCGGAAAGCGAUAUCGUACGAACAUGA